GACCCCGGAAGUGAUUGUAUGUAGCAGGUUUUUUGUGUGUGUGCGCGCGCACCAGCCGACAAUCUGUUGAUUAGGGUUUGUAAAGGUUGAGUAGAUGGGGGUCACCUGUGUGUGUCAGGUGGCGGUGGUGGAGGGGAAGAGUGUCCAGCAGACAGUGGAACAGCUGCAUAAGAGACUGGAGCAGCUCGGGGCAGUGAAGCAGGGCAGCUUCUUCGUGGACUGUGAGACGUAUCAUGCUACAGCAAACACUGGAGCUCAGUCUUCGAAGCUGCUGUACGUGAUGCAUAACUCAGAGACACCUCUCAGUUGUUUGGCUCUGUUUGACGGUGGACCCACGCUGGCAGCAGAUGCAAACUUCGACGUGCUCAUGGUGAAGCUGAAGAGCCACUUCCAGAACGCUAAGGGCCACAAGGUGGAGAGCCGCGGCGCCCGCUAUCGCUAUGCCGACUUCCUGAUUAAGGUCGGCACAGUAACAAUGAGCUCCAGUGCACGGGGGAUCUCGGUGGAGGUAGAGUACUCAGCUUGUGUGGUUCCUGGUGACUGUUGGAACCUGAUGAAGGAGUUCAUGCAGGGUUUUCUGGGCUCCAACGUUCCUGACCUGCCCUCCGUGUUCAGCAGUAAGGCCGAGGGUCUGUUCACACCGGCCGACUGCAUGGACACCAUGAACCAGUACCUCGAGCUCUUCAGCAAAAUCCGCAAACAGCAGGUGCUGCCGGGGAGUGGCGUGCGCUGAGAGAGAGAGACAGAGAUGCACACACAUGGCUGGAAAGAAGAAACCACACACACACACACAGAUCUGCUGUGGAAUAGAAUUAUUUCAGCUCUGAACCAGGACAAGAACUGUAGAAAUUCACAAAUCACACUUCCAGUUUCUCAGCUGUUCAUUUACUCCACUUUAUCUGCUGAACCAACAAAGUGAGUGGACACUCUGCAUGAACUCUGAUGGGGUUUUUUUUUGUAAAGAAAACAUAAAAUUUCACUAAAAUAAAGAACUUAGUUGAAUUGUA